AUGGAGCACCUCGGGGCUCACCACCUGCACCAAGGCCAAGCCGAGCCCAUCAGCUUCGGCAUCGACCAGAUCCUCAACACCUCGGAGCCGGGCAGCUGCAUGGUGUCCCACCCGCGGCUGCAGGACUCGGCGGACUACGGGCUGGGCUGCAUCGUGGGCAGCGCCUACAACACGGUCACGGGUGGCUACGGGGCGAGCGGCGGGGCGGCCGGCGCCUACACCGGCACCUCGUGCAACAUGAACGGCCUGCCCGGCUCCUACAACGUGAACAUGGCGGUGAGCAUGAACGGCAACACCUUGAGCUCGGCUGGAGGAGUGAUCCGCGUCCCGGCCCAUCGCCCGGUGGCCGGCGGCGUGCACCAGCCCCUCUCCGCCGCUGUACCGGGGGUGAACGGCAUGAACAGUCUCACGGGGCUCACCUUCCCCUGGAUGGAGAGCAACAGGCGGUACACAAAAGAUAGGUUCACAGGUCACCCCUACCAGAACCGCACGCCCCCCAAGAAGAAGAAGCCGCGCACCUCCUUCACCCGCCUGCAGAUCUGCGAGCUGGAGAAGCGCUUCCACCGGCAGAAGUACCUGGCCUCGGCCGAGCGCGCUGCCCUGGCCAAGGCCCUCAAGAUGACGGACGCCCAGGUGAAGACCUGGUUCCAGAACCGGCGCACCAAGUGGAGGAGGCAGACAGCAGAGGAGCGGGAGGCCGAGCGGCAGCAAGCGAACCGCAUCCUCAUGCAGCUGCAGCAGGAGGCCUUCCAAAAAACCAUCAACCAGCCUAUCCAAGCUGACCCCAUUUGCGUCCACAACUCCUCUCUCUUCGCCCUCCAGAACCUCCAGCCUUGGUCUGAUGAUUCCACCAAGAUCACCAGCGUCACGACUGUCGCCUCCGCUUGUGAAUAA